AUGAUUCUCAGGCGAACAAGAUUCGUCCUCGUUCUUGUCGCCGUCGCGUUCCUCACGCUCGUCUGCGCCACACCUGCUGGUCCAGUGUCGGGCAAGAGGCCACUCGUCGCGCAGCCCGCUGAGGGCUACGACUGCACGCCGUUCGGUGUCUGUGAACCGUGUCCUGAAGACGAGCGACACCAGCCAUUCUGCCAACCGUUCGGAAACCGGCGCUUGCUGCACUGUAAGAGGGCCGGGGCCGAGGCCGAAGACAAGGGCGUGACGCCCGCGUGGGAGGCGUGCGGCAAGGUCAUCAAGAAGGAGCAGCGCGACUUUUACGAGUUUGUCACGGCGAACGUCCUCCUCCUGAUGGUGUGCCUUACCAUCUUUGCUGUGCGCACCAGCGCACUGGCGACGCAGCAGUACCGCCAGCUCGCAGCGCGCAUCGGUAUCCCGAGUGGCGCGUGGCGAACAUAG